CCUAAUUGUUGUGAUAAACUUAUUAAAUAGAGAUUUAGAAUGUCUGACAUAGAACGACUUAGACAAGAGGCUGACAACCUUAAAAAUCAAAUACGGGAAGCGAGGAAGCAGGCAUCAGAUGCUAGUUUAGCGGAAGUGGUGGCAUCAGUGCCGGCAGUGCAAAGAAUCACCGUCAGAACCCGCAGGACCAUGAGGGGACAUCUCGCUAAAAUAUACGCCAUGCACUGGAGUGCCGACUCCAAAAAUCUAGUUAGUGCAUCACAAGAUGGCAAAUUAAUCGUGUGGGAUACUUACACUACAAAUAAGGUGCAUGCGAUUCCUCUUCGAUCGUCGUGGGUGAUGACCUGUGCUUAUGCGCCCAGUGGCAACCUGGUAGCGAGUGGAGGUCUAGACAACGUCUGUUCAAUUUACACUCUCAGAACACGGGAAGGCAACGUCAAAGUUUCACGCGAACUCAGCGGACACACAGGCUAUCUAUCUUGCUGCCGCUUCAUUAACGACAACGAAAUCAUAACAAGCAGUGGAGAUAUGACAUGCGGCCUUUGGGACAUAGAGAAGAGUACUCUAGUGACACAGUUUGCGAACCACACGGGUGACGUCAUGUUUCUCUCCAUCUUCCCCGAGAGCAGAGUGUUCCUGUCCGGAGCAUGUGACGCCAGUGCUAAACUCUGGGACAUCAGAGACGGACAGUGCAAGCAAACAUUCACAGGACACGAGUCAGACAUAAACGCCGUCACUUUUUUCCCGAGUGGACAGGCGUUCGCGACUGGGUCAGAUGACGCGACGUGCAGACUGUUCGACAUCAGGGCCGACCAGGAGUUGGCUCUGUAUGCGCAUGACCAGAUCAUCUGUGGCAUCACCAGUGUCUCCUUCAGCAAGAGUGGCAGACUCCUCUUCGCAGGCUACGACGACUUCAACGCCAACAUCUGGGACUCCCUCAAGACAGAGCGAUCAGGAGUGCUUGCUGGACAUGACAACAGAGUGUCGUGUUUGGGAGUGACGGACGACGGAAUGGCAGUAGCAACUGGCUCAUGGGACUCCUUCCUACGAGUCUGGAACUAGAACCCCUCCCCUUCAUUGAACUAGCCUAGCUGAUUACAAACAAACAAGCCGACGACAGCAGGACAUACAUGAUAUAUUGGAUCAUCUAGUAGGCCACACAAACAAAUGCAAAUACACGCAAUCAAUGAAGGCGACUAAAUUUAAAUCCUAAACAUAUGCGAUUAGAGUUCUAGCGUUCCCCUGGAAAAGAAAUACAGCUUGUCUCGUACCUUGGAGGUCAAUAAAACACGCGGAAGAUGUUAAGGGUCGUCUUAAAUAUUGGCAGUAAAACUUGUUCACAUCACCCAGAUUGCUACUACCAUCUGAAACGGAAACUGAAAUUCAGACCGAGCUAGUUUACCUCAUUGUAUCAGAAUUUACCCACAUCGAAGUUGAUUAUAGACUCAGUUGUUAUGCUUUGUCGGCUAUUGCUUGAAGUUGUAGCUUCGGUUUGAAUUGAAUAAUUUAUCCAGAAUAUGACCGUCAUAAUGUCAACUAUUCGACGUGCUUUUCGAAUAGAACAGGCAUUCUAGUCUGAAUCUAUAGAAAGAUCAUCUCCGCGCGGUUUUAUUAAAAAUUUAUUUUAUUCCUGUUCAUUUUUGGAAAUGCAGAUCAAUUUGAAUAAUCUUUUUAUAAUCUAAGGAUCAAUUAUUAAUUUGUCGAUAUGUUGCUUUUAAUUAUUAUUCGUGGUUUCGAUUUAAAUCCUCCCAAGCACUAACGCGGGCGGAAGUUACCCACAAAUAUUGUCCUCUAAAUUCCUUCACUUUUCUUCCCCAUCCUAUUUAUUUCCUGAAUCACCCCCACCCCUUCCCUCUCCCAACAUACCAACCCAUUUACCUUACUUUAACUAUGUCUACUAUUUUCUGACCUGCCAAUGUGUUGCAAUUCUAUCUUUUCGAAUUGGCAAAAACUAUCAUGAGUAGUUUAUUUAGAACAAAUGGAGUUUCAGGAGCUGUUCGAUCUUAUCUUAAAGAAAAGCUUCCUAUAUUGAGAUUGCAAAAGUAGUGUCUACUGAAAAUGAAAUGGGUUGUUUCUUUUCAGCUUGAUUAAAAUUCAAAGUAUGACCAAACUGGUUUGAUGUAUGAACACAUUGUGUUUCACAAACUGCUGGCGUUGAUUGCAAUACGCAAAUUGUUAACGUAAACUGAAAUGAUUCUAAUGGUUCCGUAGUAUUUGAAAGAGAGUUCAGUUUGGUUGUUUGGGUCAUGCUUUGUUUGUGUUGGAAAUGUAUAAUACUUCAUGAGUGCUCGUUUCGUUUGAUAAAAGCCCUCUCAUCUUGUCUUUACUUCAUAAUAUGUACUACAUUUCCACAUGCAAAACCCAAAAAAAUCUAUCUCAACCUAAAUGCUCUGCAUAAAUGAACGCAAAACAAUACUUCCACCUUCAAAAUAAUGUGAAAUGAAUUUGUGAAUUGAAUGCAUGUCAAGCAUUUGUCUAUCUUUUAUAUUCUCAGUCGUCAACUUCCUCGUAGUGAUUAUUAAUACAAUUCAAUAAAUAAAUAAAAUAAAUAAUCACGACAGAACAAAAACCGUUUAUUAAUUGUCUAACGUGCUUCUUUUCUACCUAUUCAAAAAUAUUUCAUAAUUUAUUUGCCCAAAUUUCAGUAGUAAGUAGCGCAUGAAACUACCAACUACAGAAUUUUAAAAGAGCUUAUUUGGUUCUAAAAGCCAUCUCAGAGAAAUUGUCAAUUAAGUGAAUCAGAGCUACGUAUGUGAAAUCAACAUAGCCUUGGGCAAAGCAAAUGUUGGUAGUUUCUGCAAUUGUUUUAACAGUGCAUCAUGAAAACAGUAAUUUUAAUCAAAUUUUGGUAUGGAAAGACAAUUAGUUACUAAAUUUUAUCAUCUCACUGAAAUUCAUGCGUUUUUGCAUUUGACAGCAAUUAGUUUGAUCGAAAUUUCAGUAAGAAGUUCAAUUCACCAUUGAGCCAAUGUUUAUAUAGUGGUUUCUAACGAAAAAAAAGCAACAAUGACUUUCGCUUAAAAGCAACUGUUUGUUUGUGAUUGGCACAAUUGCAUCGAAAGUCUUUGUUGUGAUUUAAACGAUUUUUAUGCUUAUUGAGAAGUAUUACAUGUUUUCAUCCCAUGCUCUUCCGAUUAUGUUUUCGCAAUUGAACAUUUUUAAUUUCA